AUGUACUUUAAAGCAUCUCCUACAUUUAUAGAUGAGAUGAGCAUUUCUAAACAUUUCUCUAAGCUCCUCUUCCUCUCUUCCUCUCUCCCUAUGUGCUUGCAGGGCUGGGAGAACAGAAGAGGGAAAAGUUUUAAGUAAUUCUGGUCCUUCCCAACCUGAGAAGUGUCUUAUUUGAAAUGGGUCAGGUCCUAUCCAACCUGAUAAGAUUCUUAUUUGGAAGAAAAGAGAAAAAAGUGAAAAAUGAUGAAGAGAGGAAGCCAAUUCAUCCUACCUCCAGUUAUGGAAAGACCAUAGUCUCGGAAGAAGAUGAAGGAGCAGUAGUUAUUGUUAUAACUGAUGCCGAAGUUAGAGAAGAUGUAGAGUCAUUUCCUCCUGCCUCUGGUGACCUAGAUGAGACCAGAGUUUCAGAAGAUGAAAGGGUGGCUAUCAUUGUUGACAGUAGUGUUGAGGCUCUAGAAAAGAUUAAACCUAUCCUUCAUGGCUCUACUGGAAGAGUCUUGCAAGAAGAAAGAAGGAUAAAGUACUAGUACAGUUCUCACAAGAUACUGGUGGUUGGGGAGGGAGAUUUCUCUUUCUCUGCUUGUUUGGCUAAGGUUUUUGGUUAUGCUAAUAAUAUGGUUGCCACUUCUCUCCAUUCGAAAGGUUUCUUAAAGAAAAACUACAGCAAUGCCAUGUCUAACAUCAAAGAUUUGAAGAGCAGAGGAUCUAUGGUUCUUCAUGGAGAAGAUGCAACAAUGAUGUCGGUCGAUGAGUUCUUCAAGGACAUGAGAUUUGAUAGAAUUGUCUUCAACUUUCCCUGUGCUGAUUGGUUCAAGAAAAAAUCGUGGGAGAACCAAAUCAGUCUACACCAAAAGCUGGUCAGGUUGUUCUUAAAGAAUGCUAAGAAGUUGCUUUUAGAAGAGGGAGAAAUCCAUAUUUCCCACAAAUAAGAAGGAUUCCAUUAUGAAUGGAAUAUAGUGUCUAUGGCCUCACUUAAUGGCCUCAAGUUUAUAAAAUAUGUGAAGUUUAAUUUGAAUGAUUAUCCAGGUUGCAAUUCUAAAUAUGGAUUUGGAGGAGAUGAGAACUUUGAUUGUAAUCCCAGUGAGAAGAUUGUGAUAGAGGCCAAUGGAUGAUGAAACAUUAUCUUGAAUGGAUUUAAUAGUGUUGCACAUUAUCUUGAUUUUAAUUAAAUUUUUUUUUUUUAGAUAAUCAAUUUACUUGUUCUAACUUUUAACUAUUUGAUCA